AUGACACCAUCAGCGGUUGCCGCUUCUAUGGCACCAUUACUCCUACGCCCCUUCUUAGCUGGUGAAUGCGAAUCAGAGGAUGAAUUUGAUAAUAAUGGCGACAAUUCUGCACAGCUUCUUGCUGCUCCAAAUGCUGCUAAUAACGCUCAAGCUAUUGUCACAGGUCUACUUGAGGAGUUUGAGACAAUCUUUGAUGAUUAUGCUAUGCUCAAAUGUUGUACAUCGGCAGAUUCUUGGAUAGACAAUAGUGGGAGCGAAGAUUCAGUGGAUGAUGAACAUAAAGUAAACAGUUACCAUGAUGCUGAAAACGAAGCUGAUCAAGAAAGCGACGAGGAUCCUGAGCAUGUACUGAGUGGAUUUGAGUUUCUUGACGACUGGUUGAAACAAAACGGUCAUGCUGUCGUGGUGGUUGCCGAAGGGGCUGGUCAGGAUAUGAUCCCACGAACCGAUGAGCAGAAGCAAAAGCGAGAUGAAUAUGGGAAUCCAGUGUUUUUAGAUGUUGGGGUGUGGUUGAAAUCGGAGUUGAAGAAAUGGUGGAGUAAGGAUCAUGAGGGAUCUGAUGCGGUUUUAACCAUACCGAAGGGCACCCUCUUCCCCUUGUGUGGAACGAAUCUUGCUUUUGCCCGUGAGUUAAUCGGACCAGCAAUGUACUUUGGUCUCAUGGGCGAUGGUCAGCCAAUUGGGCGGUACGAUGACAUGUGGGCUGGCUGGUGCAUCAAGGUGAUAUGUGACCAUCUAGGAUUAGGCGUGAAGACGGGUUUGCCAUACAUCUGGCACCGCAAAGCGAAAAACCCAUUUGUGCACCUGAAAAAGGAAUACAAGGGUAUCUACUGGCAAGAGGAGCUAAUCCUGUUCUUCCAAGGCGCCACCCUGCUAAAAGAGUGCACCACGGUUCAAAGCUGCUACAAGGAGCUCUCCAAACAAGUCAAGGCUAAGCUCGGGAAAGUUGAUGACUACUUCAACAAGCUAGCUGACGCCAUACUUGGGAUGAGCUCAACCUGUCUACGUAGCUUGCCAACGGGAAAUAGAGAUAAACAUAGUUUGAUUACUAUUGAUUUUCUUAUACUAUGAGACUCAUAUGUUUCUGUGAGCUCUUUUUAAAGUAUUUUUAAUUGUUUCUGCAGUAUGAAUUCUUGGAUUACGGGGAUGUUAGUUUUGUUUAUCUUCUUUUUCUUUUUAAUAUAUUGUAGUCUAUCUUAUUUUAUUUUUGGAUAUUUGUUUAUUA